AUGAGCACAUCAACUAGGAACGACAGAGGAUGUCCAGAACAAAUAGGAAAAUCCUCUUCAAGGAGUAACUAUACGGCAUCUAUUGAUGAGAUGGCAACAGCAAGUAAACCUCAUUCCUCUCUACAUCGGAGUAGCAGCGUUCCAAAACGAUCUUCUCCUCUUGUGGAGCAGCAACUAUCAUCAUCUUCAAAUCAAAGAUCAUCUUCUGGAAAUCAUCAUCGGAAAUCAUCAUCAGCAACACCAGUAACACCAUCACCAUCGGAAGAUCACCAAUUAACCUACGAGGAAGCAGUUAAAAAAUUAGAUGAAUUAUCGCCCAAAUCUAAAGGAAUACUCAAAUCAAUAAUGAAAAUGAUGAGUCCUUCAAAUAAUAAUGCAAUAGAAAAUGGAAAUAAUAAUAUUAAUGCAAAUCAAAAUAAUAAUAACAAAAAUAAUAUUGUAACUUCAACAACUAGGGAACAAAAUAGAGAAAAACAACAACCAAAUAGAGAACCACCAUCAUCUAGGACAAUUAAUAAUUUAAAUGAAAUUGAAAAAAUGGCAACAGUGAAUUUUGCUAAUGAACCACAAUCAUCAUCUUCUAGAGGAGUAAUUACAGGAGAAGAAAAACCAAGUUUGAGGAGGACUGUUUCAUCAAUACCCGAAGUAACAAAACCAAAGAGGACUUCAAGUAAUCGGGUAGUGACGCUUAAUGUUGGAGGUCAAAUAUUUCAAACUACAAGCAAGACACUACGAGGAUUAAAUUACAUACGAGAUGGAAAGUUAAUUGGAAAAUGGAAUGAAAUUACUUCCGAUACGCUGGAAAAAAUUACUCAUGAAGCUAAAUACUUUAAAUUACCUGGAAUAAUUAAUGAUAUUGAAGAGUGUCGAGUAUUGAAUGCAAGUUUUGAUCCAAGAACAUUGGAAGAGGAAUGUCAACUUCGAUUCUACAAUCAAGAGGUUGUUAAAAAAUCAGAGUCAGGUUCUCUAUUUGCCUGCCUCGAUUAUCACAUUAAUAAGCAGCUAGUCGAGUGUUGCAAAGAUCCAUUCAGAUAUUUUGUGAAAUUCCUGCUGAGAUAUGGAGAAUCCAGUAAUUUAGCAAUUGGAGUUACUUGCAAACAGACCAAUCGUUGGAACCGUUUUGAAGUAAUGAAAAAGAUUAAGGAAAAGGAUACAAUUGCAAUUUGGUACAAUUACCAAACAGAACAUCUGGUUCUUUACUGGAACGACGUGGAAGUUCAACGAAAGACCUUCAAAAUCAACUCACACGACUGGGUCUUUCAUGUGGAAAUGUUUGCCGAUGAUAAUUUCUGUGGUUUGAGAUUGGUUCAACAUCAAGGAAUUCAUCCCUCACAAAUAGUACAUCAACAUGAGGAAUCUGAAGAAGAAGAUGCUGAAGAGCAUUCUCAAUAA